AUGGCUUUGUCAGUGCGGAGUUGGGUCGCGAACGAGGGAGGAAAACACUUGGUUCUGGUAAGAAUAGUACAACCUAAUCCCGAUACAACAUUUUUAUUAUAGUAUUACACUGUUAUUAUAUGUUUUUACUAUUCUAAAGAAAAGUUACUGAGUGGAGCUGUUGCAAUUUACAAUCUCGAUCCUAACUGGAAAUUGGGAAGCAGCCUAACACUUGAACAGAGUGCUGAUGUGGUUGGAUGUUGUCAUCAUCAAUCAUUAUCAAUAAUCAUCUUCAUCUUCAUCAUCUUCAUCGUCAUCAUCAUCGUCGUCAUCAUCAUCACCACUGACAUCUUGUUUGUGUGUUUCUGUGCAUGUGUGUGUGUGUGUGUGUGUGUGUUAGGUGCUGUGGCUGGGAGCUAACACCUUGUUGUUCAUGAGGACGUUCCUAUUGUACUACCGUGGGCAGCAGUACCACUAUCUCCAUCAGAUGCUCGGGGUAAGACACCAAUCCAACACACUGCUAUUAUACCGUGAUCACAGAACAGAUUGUAUAGCAGGGAUUAUCAACUAGCCGCAGUCUGAUUUUUUUCUUGAGUCAGAGGCCUGGAACAUAAUUACAAAUAAUUUGUAGACUGCAGAUGGACAACAAGAAGCCCAAACAGAUAUAAUAUUUGACUAAAACAUAAUCAUUUCAAACCUUGCUGACGUUUUUAUACGAUCACGUGUCUCUCUAUUAUGCGUGGGAAUACUUGGGAACAGAUUUACAAAAUUAAAAUCACUUGAAGCUGAUUUCCUGGAAUUGUUAUUUAUUCUCAGAAAACUUGGGGGACCAAAUUAAACGUCCCCCGCUGUAUGGAACACCCAUACACACACAAACGUCUCCUUUUAUUUUUAGGGUUAGGGGGUUCCUAUUCAGUAGCUGAUAUUUAUAUAAAGACACUGGAUGGAGCCCAGCGACUUGGUGACAUUCAGUUGACACUCUGGAAUGUGACACACACUCCCAUGUGAGUUUGGUGUAAUUGUUGUCACAAGUCGUUGUGGGUCGCAGGUUUAGGCCACUAAAACAGCUUAUUGUCCUCCACAAUCAAACAAAUGGCAUUUAAAUGCUUUGAGAUAUAUUUUCUUGAUUGUCUGGUCUAUUGGCCUCUCACACUAAUAUAAAUGUUUUUAUUUAAAUAUAACUCUGAUGUUCUUGUUAUAGUUUGCAUGCAGUUACCAUUCCACUGCUGAAACUGGUCUAAAAGAGCAUGAAGGCAGACUGUCAGGAUCCUUAGCCAGUGACACGGGUACCAGUGGUCAUUACCUAGGGCCAGGAGUUGUUCCUGACUACAUGACCUGACCAGGAAAAACUCUAGUGCGAAACAAAUAUGGAAGUUAUAUCUAAAAGGCAGUAACUCCCCCACACACCUCUGGCAGGCUAUCUGUAUGAUGUAGGUGAACCCUUCAUACACUCCUCAUACUUUUAGAAGGGCAAGUGUAGGCACGCCACUGGUCUCUGAAUGAAUUCCUGGGUAGCAGCUUUACACACCUGUGAGAGAGAGAGACAAAGAGAGAGAGAGAGACAGAGAGAGAGGCAGAGAGACUGAGGCAUAGAGAGAGCGAGGCAGAGAGAGAGGCAGAGAGAGGGAGAGGCAGAGAGACUGAGGCAUAGAGAGAGAGAGAGGCAGAGAGACUGAGGCAGAGAGAGAGAGAGAGAGAGAGAGGCAGAGAGAGAGAGGCAGAGAGACUGAGGCAGAGAGAGAGAGAGAGGCAGAGAGAGAGAGGCAGAGAGACUGAGGCAGAGAGAGAGAGAGAGAGAGAGAGAGAGAGAGAGAGAGAGAGAGAGAGAGAGAGCGGCAGAAAGAGAGAGACUGAGGCAGAGAGAGAGAGGCAGAGAGAGAGAGAGAGAAACAAAGAACAAACAGCAACAACAAAUACACGAUCAAUUAAACAUUUUAGAGUCAGCUAUUAAAGACUACCAGAACCCACUGGAUUCUCCAAUUACACUGAACAAAAAUAUAAACGCAACAUCCAACAAUUUCAAAGAUUUUACUGAGUUACAGUUCAUAUAAGGAAAUCAGUCAAGUGAAAUACAUUAAUUAGGCCCUAGUCUAUGGAUUUCACAUGACUGGGAAUACAGAUAUGCAUAUGUUGGUCACAGAUACCUUAAAAAAAGGCAGGGGCAUGGAUCAGAAAACCAGUCAGUAUCUGGUGUGACCAACAUUUGCCUCAUGCAGCGCGACACAUCUCUUUCGCAUAUAGUUGAUCAGGCUGUUGAUUGUGGCUUGUGGAAUGUUGUCCCACUCCUCUUCAAUGGCUGUGCGAAGUUGCUGGAUAUUAGUGGGAACUGGAACAUGCUGUCGUACACGUCGAUCCAGAGCAUCCCAAACAUGCUCAAUGGGUGACAUGUCUGGUGAGUAUGCAGGCCAUGGAAGAACUGGGACAUUUUCAGCUUCCAGGAAUUGUGUACAGAUCCUUGCGACAUGGGGCCAUGCAUUAUCAUGCUGAAACAUGAGGUGAUGGCGGCGGAUGAAUGGCACGACAAUAGGCCUCAGGAUCUCGUCACAUUCUCUGGCAACAGCUCUGGUGGUCAUUCCUGCAGUCAGCAUGCCAAUUGCACGCUCCCUCAAGACAUCUGUGGCAUUGUGUUGUGUGAGGAAACUGCACAUUUUAGAGUGGCCUUUAUUUUCCCCAGCACAAGGUGCACCUGUGUAAUGAUCUCGCUAUUUCAUCAGCUUCUUGAUGUGCCACACUUGCAAGGUGGAUGGAUUAUCUUGGCAAAAGAGAAAUGCUCACUAACAGGGAUGUAAAUACAUUUGUGCACCAAAUUUGAGAGAAAUAUGCUUUUUGUGCGAAUGGAAAAUUUCUGGGAUCUUUUAUUUCAGCUCAUGAAACAUGGGACCAACACUUUACAUGUUGCAUUUAUAUUUUUGUUCAGUAAUACAUUUAAUGAACUACAGGACAAAAUACAAACCCUUCAACCCAAAAAGGCCUGUGGUGUUAACGGUAUCUUAAAUGAAAUGAUAAAAUAUAUCGACCACAAAUUCCAAUUAGCUAUACUUAAACUCUUUAACAUCGUCCUCAGCUCUGGCAUAUUCCCCUAUACUUGGAACCAAGGACUGAUCACCCCAAUCCACAAAAGUGGAGACAUAUUAGACCCCAAUAACUACCGUGGGAUAUGCGUCAACAGCAACCUUGGGAAUAUCCUCUACUAUAUCAUUAAUAUUAACAGCAGACUCCUACAUUUCCUCAGUGAAAACAAUGUCCUGAGCAAAUGUCAAAUAGGCUUUUUAGCAAAUUACCCUACGACAGACCACGUAUUCACCCUAACAAACCAAAACAAAGGGAAAGUCUUCUCACGCUUUGUUGAUAAAAAAAACUUUAGACUCAAUUUGGCAUGAGGGUCUACUAUAUACAUUGAUGGAAAGCAGUGUUGGGGGGAAAAUAUACAACAUUAUAAAAUCCUUUUACACAACCAACAAAUGUGCGGUUAAAAUAAACUGAAAUAAUUCUUUCCUCAGGGCCGGGGGGUGAGACUGGGAUGCAACUUGAGCCCUACCUUCUUCAACAUAUACACUAUAUAUACAAAAGUAUGUGGACACCCCUUCAAAUGAGUGGAUUAGGCUAUAUCAGCCAUACCCGUUGCUGACAUGUAUAAAAUCUAGCACACAGCCAUGCAAUCUCCAUAGACAAACAUUGGCAGUAGAAUGGCCUUACUGAAGAGCUCAGUGACUUUCAAUGUGGCACCCUCAUAGGAUAACACCAUUCCAACAAGUCAGUUCGUCAACUUUCUGCCCUGCUAGAGCUGCCCUGGUCAACUGUAAGUGCUGUUAUUGUGAAGUGGAAAUGUCUAGGAGCAACAACGACUCAGCCACAAAGUGGUAGGCCACACAAGCUCACAGAAUGGGUCCGGCAAGUGCUGAAGCGCUUAGCGCGUAAAAAUCGUCUGUCCUCGGUUGCAACACUCACUACCGAGUUCCAAACUGCCUAUGGAAGCAACGUCAGCACAGUAAAUGUUUGUCGGGAGCUUCAUGAAACGGGUUUCCAUGGCCGAGCAGCCACAUACAAGCCUAAGAUCACCAUGCGCAAUGCCAAGCGUCGGCUGGAGUGGUGUAAAGUUCGCCACCAUUGGACUCUCGAGCAGUGGAAACGUUCUCUGGAGUGAUGAAUCAUGCUUCACCAUCUGGCAAUCCGAAAGCUGAAUCUGGGUUUGGCGGAUGUCAGGGGAAUGCUACCUGCCCAAAUGCAUAGUGCCAACUGUAAAGUUUGGUGGAGGAGGAAUAAUGGUCUGGGGCUGUUUUUCAUGGUUUGGGCUAGGCCCCUUAGUUCCAGUGUAGGGAAAUCUUAACGCUACAAUAUACAAUUACAUUCUAGAUGAUUCUGUGCUUCCAACUUUGUGGCAACAGUUUGGGAAAGGCCCUUUCUUGUUUCAGCAUGACAAUGCCCCCGUGCACAAAGCGAGGUCCAUACAGAAAUGGGUUGUCGAGAUCGUUGUGGAAGAACUUGACUGGCCUGCACAGGGCCCUGACCUCAACCCCAUCGAACACCUUUGGGAUGAAUUGGAACGCCGACUGCGAGCAAGGUCUAGUCGCCCAACAUCAGUGCCUGACCUCACUAAUGCUCUUGUGACUGAAUGGAAGCAAGUACCCGCAGCAAUGUUCCACCAUUUAGUGGAAAGCCUUCUCCGAAGAGUGGAGGCUAUUAUAGCAGCAAAGGGGGGACCAGUUCCAUAUAAAGGCCCAUGAUCUUGGAAUGAGAUGUUCGACGAGCAGGUGUCCACAUACUUGUCAUGUAGUGUAUGUCAAUGAAUUGGCGAGGGCACUAGAACAGUCUGCAGCACCCAGCCUCACCCUAUUAGACUCUGAAGUCAAAUGUUUACUGAUGAUCUGGUGCUUCUGUCCCCAACCAAGGAGUGCCUACAGCAGCACCUAGAUAUUCUGCACAGAUUCUGUCAGAUCUGGGCCCUGACAGUAAAUCUCAGUAAGACAAAAAUAAUGGUGUUCCAAAAAAGGUCCAGUUGCCAGGACCAUAAAUACAAGUUCCACCUAGACCCUGUUGCCCUAGAGCACACAAAAAACUAUACCACCUCGGCCUAAACAUCAGCACCACAUUUAGGUUCCACAACGAUCUGAGAGACAAGGCAAGAAGGGCCUUCUACGCCAUCAAAAGGAACAUCAAAUUUGACAUCCCAAUUAGGAUCUGGCAAAAAAUACUUUAAUCAUUUAUAGAACCCAUUGCCCUUUAUGGUUGUGAGGUCUGAGGUCCACUCACCAACCAAGAAUUCACAAAAUGGGACAAACACCAAACUGAGACUCUGCAUGCAGAAUUCUGCAAAUACUUCCCCUGUGUACAACGUAAAACACAGAAUAAUGCAUGCAGAGCAGAAUUAGGACGAUUCCCGCUAAUGAUAAAAAUCCAGAAAAUAGCCGUUAAAGUCUACAACCACCUAAAAGGAAGUGAUUCUCAAACCUUCCAUAACAAAGCCAUCACCUACAGAGAGAUGAACCUGAAGAAGACUACUCUCAGCCAGCUGGUACAGGGACUCUGUUCACAAACACAAGCAGACCCCACAGAGCCCCAGGACAGCAACACAAUUAGACCCAACCAAAUCAUGAGAAAAACAAAAAGAUAAUUACUUGACACAUUGGAAAUAAUCACACACAAAAAAAAGCAAACUGGCAUGUUAUUUUGCCCUAAACAGAGAGUACACAGUGGCAUAAUACCUGACCAUGUGACUGACCCAAAAUUAAGGAAAGCUUUGACUAUGUACAGACUCAGUGAGCAUAGCCUUGCUAUUGAGAAAGCCACCGUAGGCAGACCUGGCUCUCAAGAGAAGACAAGCUAUGUGCACACUGCCCAAAAAAUGAGGUGGAAACUGAGCUGCACUUCCUUUCCUCCUGUCAAAUGUAUAACCAUAUUAGAGACACAUAUUACACAGACCCACAAAGAAUUUGAAAACAAAUCCAAUCUUGAUAAACUCCCAAAUCUAUUAGGUGAAAUACCACAAUGUGCCAUCACAGCAGCAAGAUUUGUGACCUGUUGCCACAAGAAAAGGGCAACCAGUGGAGCACAAACACCAUUGUAAAUACAACCUACACUACUUGUCAAAAGUUUUAGAACUCCUACUCAUUCAAGGGUUUUUCUUUAUUUUUACUGUUGUAUAAUAAUAGUGAAGACAUCAGAACUAUGAAAUAACACAUAUGGAAUCAUGUAGUAACCACAAAAGUGUUAAACAAAUAAACAUAUAUUUUAUAUUUGAGAUUCUUCAAAUAGCCACCGUUGCCUUGAUGACAGCUUUGCACACUCUUGGCAUUCUCUCAACCAGCUUCAUGAGGUAGUCACCUGGAAUGCAUUUCAAUUAACAGGUGUGCCUUCUUAAAAGUUAAUUUGUGGAAUUUCUUUCCUUCUCAAUGCAUUUGAGACAAUCAGUUGUGUUGUGACAAGGUAGGCGGGGUGUACAGAAGAUAGCCCUAUUUGGUAAAAGACCAAGUCCAUAUUAUGGCAAGAACAGCUGAAAUAAGAAAAGAGAAACAACAGUCCAUCAUUACUUUAAGACAUGAAGGUCAGUCAAUCCGGAACAUUUCAAGAACUUUGAAAGUUUCUUCAAGUGCAGUCGCAAAAACCGUCAAGCUCUAUGAUGAAACUGGCUCUCAUGAGGACCGCCACAGGAAUGGAAGACCCAGAGUUACCUCUGCUGCAGAGGACAAGUUCAUUAGAGUUACCAGCCUCAGAAAUUGCAGCCCAAUAAAUGCUUCACAGAGUUCAAGUCACAGACACAUCUCAACAUCAACUGUUCAGAGGAGUCUGUGUGAAUCGGGCCAUCAUGGUCGAAUUGCUGCAAAGAAACCACUACUAAAGGACACCAAUAAGAAGAAGAGACUUGCUUGGUCCAAGAAACACGAGCAAUGGACAUUAGACCGGUGGAAAUGUGUCCUUUGGCCUGGAGUCCAAAUUGGAGAUUUUUGGUUCCAACCGCCGUGUCUAUGUGAGACGCGGUGUGGGUGAACGGAUGAUCUCUGCAUGUGUAGUUCCCACCGUAAAGCAUGGAGGAGGAGGUGUUAUGGUGUGGGGGUGCUUUGCUGGUGUCUGUAAUUUAUUUAGAAUUCAAGGCACACUUAACCAGCAUGGCUACCACAGCAUUCUGCAGCGAUACACCAUCCCAUCUGGUUUGGGCUUAGUGGGACUAUCAUUUGUUUUUCAACAGGACAAUGACCCAACACACCUCCAGGCUGUGUAAGGGCUAUUUUACCAAGAAGGAGAGUGGUGGAGUGCUGCAUCAGAUGACAUGGCCUCCACAAUCCCCCGACCUCAACCAAAUUGAGAUGGUUUGGGAUGAGUCAAAGGAAAAGCAGCCAACAAGUGCUCAGCACAUGUGGGAAAUCCUUCAAGACUGUUGGAAAAGCAUUCCAGGUGAAGCUGGUUGAGAGAAUGCCAAGAGUGUGCAAAGCUGUCAUCAAGGCAAAGGGUGGCUAUUUGAAGAAUCUCAAAUAUAAAAUAUAUUUUGAUUUGUGUAACACUUCUUCGGUUAGUACAUGAUUCCAUAUGUGUUAUUUCAGAGUUUUGAUGUCUUCACUAUUAUUGUACAGUGUAGAAAAUAGUAAAAAUAAAGAAAAACUCUUGACUGGUAGUUGUCACGUCUCCUCCAGUUGCUCCCCUCAGGCGCUCUGAUUCACCGGUCUACUGAGCGCACCUCCUCGGCAACACUGGAAUGGAAACCCAACGCACCCUAAUCACCUCCAGCGCACCUGCACCUCAUCAUCUCAUAACCACCCCUAUUUAGCCCUGGACUUUUCUGGAUGAUGUUGUGUGUGAUUGUUAGCUUCGUGUCGUUUACGCUAUCUUUCUUAGUUCUCUUUCUCAUUGUUAAGUAAACCUUGACCUUGUUAAUUCCUGCGUCUGCGUCAUGCCUCUUCAUAUACUCAGUACGCGGCACAGUAGUGUAUAUUUAUCCUUUUUUUUUUUUUUUUUAACUACUUGCACAUGGUUACAACACUGUACAUAGCCAAUAAUAUGACAUUUGAAAUGUCUCUAUUCUUUAAAACCUUUGUGAGUGUCAUGUUUACUGUUCAUUGCCCUUGUUUAUUUCCCUUUAGUUUAUUAUCUAUUUCACUAUAUUUGGUAAUGUAAACAUGUGUUUCCCAUGCCAAUUAAGCCCUUUGAAUUGAAAUUGAAUUGAGAGAGAGAGGCAGCGAGAGAGAUGUGUGUGUGUGUGUGUGCUGCAUAGUGGGGGACAAAUCCCUGCAAAAGAGAUCUUAUCUCAUUCAGCUGUGUGUGUGUGUGUGUGACUGAGCGGGGUGUACAGAACUGUCAGGAUAUCAGGUCACCCCUUCACUGUGGUUUUGCUGUCAGCUGUUCUCUGUAUGACAAACUCUGUAGAUGGUGUGUGUGAGUGUGUCUGUGUGUGUGUGUGUGUCAAGAGUGAGGUGCCGCGUUAAUCCUGGAGGCCAUGAGUGUUGACAGAGAGAUGUGUGUCAGGGGUGGAGGCUGUGAGCAGUGUGGUUUAGAGGGGAGAUUAGAAUAAUGCACUUUAUUAUUUAAUCUGUUAACUACACCUGGAAUCUAACUGUGUGUGUGUGUGUGUGUGUGUGUGUGUUUCCAGCUAGGGCUGUGUAUCAGCAGAGCGUCUGCCUCAGUGCUCAAUCUGAACUGCAGUCUGGUGCUGCUGCCUAUGUGUCGCUCUUUACUCACCUACCUCAGAGGAACACACACGGUACGGAGAGAAGGGGAAUGUGUCUGUGUGUGUGUGUGUGUGCUCUGUAGUCUGGUAACGGCUGUCUGGAAUGGGCAGAGAGGACUGUGGACUGUAGUGAGGGUUUUGAUAUGUCUGAAGGCUCUGCACUGACACUGUCUGUCCUCCCCCUCCCAUACACACACACCCCUCCAGGUGACAAGCAGAAAGGCCCGCAGGCUUCUGGACAAGAGUAAGACCUUUCAUGUGGCGUGUGGAGUAGCCAUUUGUGUAUUUUCCGGUAAGUGUGUGUUUUUGUGUGUGUGUUGUGUUGAGCGUUAGUGUGUGUCGAGAGAUGGUGUGGGGAAAUUGACCCAGCCCGCUGGGCACAGAAGUCAGUUCAUUUGGUUGAGUUGUCAAAUAACAUGCAUUCAACGUUAUUUAGGUGAAAAAAAAAAUGAAAUUCCCUUAAGUUGAUGACUGUGGCGGUUGCUGAGGGGAGGACGGCUCAUAAUAAUGACUGGAACGGAGCAAAUGGAAUGGCAUCAUACACAUGGAAACCAUGGAAACCAUGUGUUUGAUGUAUUUUACACCAUUCCACUAAUUCCACUCCAGCCAUUACCAUGAGCCUGUUCUCCCCAAUUAAGGUGCUACUAACCUCAUGUGGUUCAUUACUUUUUUUCAAAUCCAAUCAGCUUUCCACGUUGAUUCAAUGUCAUCACAUUGCAUUUUUUGGUUGAAAUGAUGUGGAAACAACAGUUUUUGCCCAGAGGUAGGCUGGUUCUUCUGCAUUUCAGGGGAACCAGCUGUGAUGGAUCACGAGCUGGCAAGGGUUGUGAGAGAAAGAGAGAGAGAGACUUUGGCUGGAUGUGAUGGUGUCUGAUGGAGGUGUGUGUAUGUGUGAGUAUGUGUGUGUGUGUGUAUGUGUGUGUGUGUGUGUGUGUGUGUGUGUGUGACCUGAUGGUGGUAUGGGCAAUUCCACGGUGGUAAUGGAAUUGCUGUAAAAUCUCCCUCAGGUUUUUAUGCGACCACGUUUUAGAAAAACAAAAAAUCUGUUACGAAUUAAGAUUCAAAGAUGUCUGCAGAAAGAAUGGGAUGUCAGCUAUGACAUGGCACCUUGAGUUUGAAAAAAUCUCUUUUGGUUACUGAACUACAGUAAGUGAAGUGGAUUUACAGCCAUAGAGGGACAUAGAGCUGUGUGUGUGUGUGAGAUAAUGCGUGAGAGAGGGACACACACAGCUGCCUCACUGACGUCAUUGGGAGCUGGUUUCUCCCCCGGUCUCCCUCAAACCAAGUCUCCUUCCUCUCUCUUAACCCUCUCUCUUCCCCCCCCCCCCCCCCCCCCCCCCCCCCCCCCCCCCACCCCCCCCCCCCCCCCCCCACCCCUCCCGCUCCCUCACCCCCAGGCUGUUUCCUGGCUGUGGAAAUGUAAUGUUCUAAUUGCAGAGUUCCAAACUUCUGACACAACCAAUUACACCAAGAGAACAAUGGAGAAAGAGGAGGCAGGGGGAAGAAAUUAUAAUUGAACGUGAAUAGAGAGAGAGAGAGAGAGAGAGAGAGAGAGAGAGGGGAGGAGGAGAGAGCGAUAACUACCCCCUGUCUCUGUCAGCUGUUGGGGAGAUGCAUGUUUAAGCCAUGAUGUCAGAGAGAUAAGUGUGUGUGUGUGUGUCGCUCAGUGACUCAGGAAGAUGUAUGCUGAAUAGACAAAGAGAUGUGUGUGUCUGUGUGUGUGAGUCGCUCAGUGACUCAGUGAGGAUGUAUAGUUGAGUAGGGCUGUGAAAUUCCAGGGACUUCACUAUACAAUAUUAUCAUGAUAAUUAGGUGCCAAUACAAUAUGUAUUUCGAUUCUAUACUGAACAAAAAUGUAAACGCAACAGUUUCAAAGAUUUUACUGAGGUACACUUCAUAUGAGGAAAUCAGUCAAUUGAAAUUAAUUAAUUAGGCCCUAAUCUAUGGAUUUACAUUGUAGUCAUUUAGCAGACGCUCUUAUCCAGAGCGACUUACAGUAGUGAGUACAUACAUUUUCAUUCGUGCUGGUCCCCCGUGGGAAUCAAACCCACAACACUGGCGUUGCAAGUGCCAUGCUCGACCAACUGAGCCACAUGGGAACAUGGGAUUUCACAUGACUGGGAAUACAGAUAUGCAUCUGUUGGUCAUAGAUACCUUUAAAAAAAUGGGCCGCACAAUGGGCCUCAGGAACUCGUCAUGGUAUUUUUGGGCAUUCAAAUUGCCAUCGAUAAAAUGCAAUUGUGUUCGUUGUCUGUAGUUUAUGCCUGCCCAUACCAUAACCCCACCGCCACCAUGGGACACUCUGUUCACAACAUUGACAUCAGCAAACCACUCACAUAUACACAUGGUCUGCGGUUUUGAGGCCGGUUGGACAUAGUGCCAGAUUCUUUAAAACAACGAUGGAAGUGGCUUAUGGUAGAGAACUGAACAUUCAAUUAUCUGGCAACAGCUCUGGUGGACAUUCCUACAGUCAGCAUGCCAAUUGCACACUCCCUCAAAACUUGAGACAUCUGUGGCAUUGUGUUGUGUAACAAAACUGCACAUUUUAAAGUGGCAUUUUAUUGUCCACAGCACAAGGUGCACCUGUGUAAUGAUCAUGCUGUUUAAUCAGCUUCUUGAUAUGCCACACGUGUCAGGUGGAUGGAUUAUCUUGGCAAAUGAGAAAUGCUCACUAACAGGGAUGUAAACAAAUUUGGGCACCAAAAUUUAGAGAAAUUUGGUUUUUGUGCGAAUGGAAAAUGUCUUGGAUCUUUUAUUUCAGCUCAUGAAACAUGGGACCAACACUUUACAUGUUGUGUUUAUAUUGUUGUUCAGUGUAGUAAUAUAUGUUACAUUUUGUAUGGUAUGUAUUAAUUUGUGGGUCCAUCAUCCAUUUCGUAUGAUAUGUUAUGAAUUACAAUUUGUAUGACAUGUUACAGAUUGAAAUUGGUACAUACAGUGGGGAAAAAAGUAUUUAGUCAGCCACCAAUUGUGCAAGUUCUCCCACUUAAAAAGAUGAGAGAGGCCUGUAAUUUUCAUCAUAGGUACACGUCAACUAUGACAGACAAAUUGAGGAAAAAAAAUCCAGAAAAUCACAUUGUAGGAUUUUUAAUGAAUUUAUUUGCAAAUGAUGGUGGAAAAUAAGUAUUUGGUCACCUACAAACAAGCAAGAUUUCUGGCUCUCACAGACCUGUAACUUCUUCUUUAAGAGGCUCCUCUGUCCUCCACUCGUUACCUGUAUUAAUGGCACCUGUUUGAACUUGUUAUCAGUAUAAAAGACACCUGUCCACAACCUCAAACAGUCACACUCCAAACUCCACUAUGGCCAAGACCAAAGAGCUGUCAAAGGACACCAGAAACAAAAUUGUAGACCUGCACCAGGCUGGGAAGACUGAAUCUGCAAUAGGUAAGCAGCUUGGUUUGAAGAAAUCAACUGUGGGAGCAAUUAUUAGGAAAUGGAAGACAUACAAGACCACUGAUAAUCUCCCUCGAUCUGGGGCUCCACGCAAGAUCUCACCCUGUGGGGUCAAAAUGAUCACAAGAACGGUGAGCAAAAAUCCCAGAACCACACGGGGGGACCUAGUGAAUGACCUGCAGAGAGCUGGGACCAAAGUAACAAAGCCUACCAUCAGUAACACACUACGCCGCCAGGGACUCAAAUCCUGCAGUGCCAGACGUGUCCCCCUGCUUAAGCCAGUUCAUGUCCAGGCCCGUCUGAAGAUUGCUAGAGUGCAGUUGGAUGAUCCAGAAGAGGAUUGGGAGAAUGUCAUAUGGUCAGAUGAAACCAAAAUAUAACUUUUUGGUAAAAACUCAACUCGUCGUGUUUGGAGGACAAAGAAUGCUGAGUUGCAUCCAAAGAACACCAUACCUACUGUGAAGCAUGGGGGUGGAAACAUCAUGCUUUGGGGCUGUUUUUCUGCAAAGGGACCAGGACGACUGAUCCGUGUAAAGGAAAGAAUGAAUGGGGCCAUGUAUCGUGAGAUUUUGAGUGAAAACCUCCUUCCAUCAGCAAGGGCAUUGAAGAUGAAACGUGGCUGGGUCUUUCAGCAUGACAAUGAUCCCAAACACACCGCCCGGGCAACGAAGGAGUGGCUUCGUAAGAAGCAUUUCAAGGUCCUGGAGUGGCCUAGCCAGUCUCCAGAUCUCAACCCCAUAGAAAAUCUUUGGAGGGAGUUGAAAGUCCGUGUUGCCCAGCGACAGCCCCAAAACAUCACUGCUCUAGAGGAGAUCUACAUGGAGGAAUGGGCCAAAAUACCAGCAACAGUGUGUGAAAACCUUGUGAAGACUUACAGAAAACGUUUGACCUGUGUCAUUGCCAACAAAGGGUAUAUAACAAAGUAUUGAGUAACUUUUGUUAUCGACCAAAUACUUGUUUUCCACCAUAAUUUGCAAAUAAAUUCAUAAAAAAUCCUACAAUGUGAUUUUCUGGAUUUUUUUUCCUCAUUUUGUCUGUCAUAGUUGACGUGUACCUAUGAUGGAAAUUACAGGCCUCUCUCAUCUUUUUAAGUGGGAGAACUUGCACAAUUGGUGGUUGACUAAAUACUUUUUUCCCCCACUGUAUAUUACAAAUUGCAAUUCAUACAAUAUGUUACGAAUUUGCAAAACGGAUGAUAAGUUACACAUUCCAAUUUGUUGUGGCUAACGUUAGCUUGGUGGCUAUGUGGCUAACACUAACGUUAGUUAGGUGACUAAUAUUAGCUAGGCUAGUGGUUAGGGGUUAAGGUUAGGGUUAAGGUUAAGGGGUUAGAGUUAGGUUAAAAGGUUAAAGGGUUAAGGUUAUAUAUCUGCUGCAGAGAGAGCAUGAGAAAAUGAAUUUUGAUCAGUCAUGGAAAGAAAAGGGCUGAAACAUGUUGGCUCACUAUUUAAAAAGAAGAUGGAGAACAAGCUAACACUACCUAGCAAAAACAAAGUCAAAGUAUCGAUAUCAUAUUGUCCAAAAUAAUAUUGUGAAAUGUAACUGUAUCGAUUUCUCCCCCAUCGCUAUUGCUGUGUGCUGAAUAGAGAAAGAGAUGUGCGUAUGAGGGUGAGUUUUGCUCUGUUGUAACCCAGUGUUGUGAUGUGUUCUUUAGUUGUGCACGUAUCGGCUCAUCUGGCCAACGUGGUCAACUUCAGCAUCAGAUACUCAGAAGAGUUCCCUUCUCUCAACGUUGCUCGCUACAGGGGAGAGGUAAGAUGUGCACGCACGCAGACACACACAUGCGCACACACUCACACAGACACACACACACACACACACACACAACCUGUGUUAACCUGUGGUUGUCUUCCCCAGGACCCCAGACUCAUCAUUCUGACUACAGGUGAGUCUGCCGGGGUUCUCAUAUAAUAAACUGGGCUGUUUCACAGGCGGGUUGCCUAGCCGAAGGGCAUGUACAGCAUUUUGGUCUUGGUUCCAAAUGUUUCCAGGGUAACCAUAAACUCAUGAAUGUGUUUGAGAUUAGGGUGGCGGUAUGCCAAGAAGAGAGGGGGUUUCUGUCAGUACUAGACACCACACACACACACACACACACACACACACACACACACACACACACACACACACACACACACACACACUUAAAAAGUUCAAACUUUAUUUAUUUAUCCCUAGCCACUUCCUAGUAGUCUAGUCCAGUCUGAAAACAUUCCCUAUCCUCCUCCUGGUAGUCUAGUCCAGUCUGAAAACAUUCCCUAUCCUCCUCCUGGUAGUCUAGUCCAGUCUGAAAACAUUCCCUAUCCUCCUCCUGGUAGUCUAGUCCAGUCUGAAAACUUUCCCUAUCCUCCUCCUGGUAGUCUAGUCCAGUCUGAAAACCUUCCCUAUCCUCUUCCUGGUAGUCUAGUCCAGUCUGAAAACCUUCCCUAUCCUCUUCCUGGUAGUCUAGUCCAGUCUGAAAACCUUCCCUAUCCUCCUCCUGGUAGUCUAGUCCAGUCUGAAAACCUUCCCUAUCCCCUUCCCCAACUAUCUAACACUAUGAAUAAUGAUAUCAUCACUGUCUUGUCUUUGUUCACUAAUCGGUUAUUAAUGAUAGGAAUCUGUCUCUGUUCUCUGAUUGGUUAAUUAUAUUAUGACUCUGUCUCUUUGUUCACUGAUUGAUUAUUAAUGUUAUAACUCUGUCUCUUUGUUCUCUGAUUGGUUAAUAAUCUUAUGACUCUGUCUCUCUGUUCUCUGAUUGGUGGAUGUGCUUUAGUCCCGGGGAUCACUGGUAUCCUAUUGGUCCUCAUCCUCUUUCUGAUGUUCACUGCCUCUUCCUACUGCAUCAGGUAAAGCGCUUAACAUCAUCAUCAUCUUCAACACAGACCAUCUCAUGGCUGUGGUGUGUGUGUGUGUGUGUGUGAUAGGCUAGUAGUUAAGAGCAUUGGGCCAGUAACCAAAGAUUGCUGGUUCGAAUCCCCAAGCCAACUAGGUGAAACAUUUGUCGAUGUGCCCUUGAGCAAGGCACUUAACCCUAAUUGCUCCUCUAAGUCGCUCUGGAUAAGAGUGUCUGCUAAAUUACUUACAUGUGUGUCUGUCAGUCUUAGAUGUCCAGGAUAAGGGGACCAACUAACUUUGUGGACAGAACUCUGUCAUUACUGAGGUCACAGGGGGCAGCAAGGAGAGGUCCUGGGCUUUGAUUUAGACUGGGUCCUUAUUGUGGUGUUCUCUGCCUUGCCUGUUGUAAUUUAAUGCAGGAUCAGAGGCAUGUCCACUCAGGCCUUAGGCCAGCACCUGUGUGUGUGUAUAGAUGGGGUGGGUGUUAGUCCCAAUAUUGUAGGGAGACACUGAUGUUCAAAGGGUAAUGUGGUUGUGUGUGUGUUCAGAGCGUUCUAGGAGGGUGACUGCGUUUCAAGUGUUGUUUGGUGUAAGUGGUGUUUGUUGGGGGUCGUUGUCUGUAAUGACCUUGCUAAUUGUGACAGCCCUACUCAUGCGCGCACACACACACACACACACACACACACACACACACACACACACACACACACACACACACACACACACACACACACACACACACACUGUCCUGCCCUCCUCUGGCUAAAGAGACCCUGUGAGUUAAAAGGCGUGGCUCCUCAUGUCCUCAGUUAUGCUCUGACCUGUCUCUCUCUCUCUCUUCUCCUGGAUUCUUUCUCUCUCUUUUUGUCUGCUUUUCUCCUCCACUCGUAUCUUCCUGUCAUUCCACAGCACUCCCUAAAAUAGUUUUUCUGCUGAAAAUGUGAAAAUAUGCAGUUGUGGACCUUGUGGUAAUCUCAUGUAUGAAGAUAUGCGGUGAUGUUAAUAAGACCUUACGGUAAUCUCAUAUAUCAUGAUAUCAUCAUGUUUGUGGAAUGUCCUCUGUGUUUCAGGGUGUCCAACUAUGAGAUAUUCUGGUACACCCACAACCUCUUCAUAGUGUUCUACAUCAUACUGAUGGUGCAUGUGGUCGGGUAAGUUAACUUAUCACCUUUGGUAUGGGGCUGUGUCUGAUUAAAGGUGUCAGCAUGCUUCAGUUCGGCUGCCGCCUAGCAGAACUCGGCUAGCCGAACCAAACAAGUUUAUUCACAUACUCCCUUAAAAGACAUUCGCUUGAAAAACAAGAAAAAAGUGCCUAUAGUACUGUUUGUCCAUCUUGAGACACUGUAGCCAGUAUAUACUAAGAUCUAACUAAGAUGUUUGGUGCAGUAUUUCGCAAUGAAAACAUUUGCAUGAAAACGAGUUGUCUCUUGCUGAAUGACAAAUACUUUAUUGAAGAAUCCCUACUCUUGACCAAUCACUGACGAAGGGGCAUGGACUUCGGCUCCGAACUUCAGGUUGCCUCUAGAAACAUUUUUGUGUGCCCGAACAGCCGGAAUAAAAAUGAACAAACAUUUCACAAAAUAUGCACAAACUCUUCCGAACUGUUUUGGCUGGGAAGCAUGCGGACGCCUUGAUUAAGGGGUCAGUCAUGACUGAGUAGUACUAUCAGUAUGUUUUCAUAGUGUUGGAUACAGAGAGGUAUAGAAUGCAUUUUAAUGGCAUUACUAUCAUACUAUUGCAUCAGUCCAGACAGAGCUGACGUUGAGCUGUCCCCAUCAUACUAACACACUGACCCAUUCACUUUGUUACUCAACUCUACUGCCCCAGGUUAACACACACCCACGCAUGCAUGCACAUGCACCUGCACAUGUAGACCAUUUAGAAUCUUCAGAGCUGGAAUGUUGUAUUCUUCUUCAUCAUCAUCAUCAUUUCUCACUCUUUCUCGUCCAAUAGUGGUGCUCUGAAGUACCAGACCAACUUCGAGGCCCACCCCCCUGGCUGUCUCAGAGCCAAUCAGACUAA